UUGUUUUUGUGUUACUGAUGGUUGAUCGCAGAGUUCUGCAAAAGUUAUUGGCAGAAUAAAAUAAAAAAAAAGAAACAAGUUAAUAAACUUUAAAUAGAUUAUUGCCUACUUAAGCAAAAUCGACUAGAAAAAUAAAUAUAUAGAGUGCAGUUCUCUGGAAAAGUGAAAUAGUAAACAAUGGAUCCAACCAUAUCAGUAUCAAAGGGUUGUUUUGUGUUCAAAAACGGAGCCACUAGAGCGGACAAAACAAAAAAGACUACCAAACGCAAAAGAACAACAUCCGUCACAGAUACCGGCAUUUUGGGUAAGGAGGUGACCGAUCAACCAUUUUAUAGAGUGUAUCGUGAAAUAUGGCAAAACAUACAAUGUCAUAUAGAUAACUUACAAAAGGACAGCAGUGUCCGCACUUUAGAGGAUCUAGUGGACUAUGUAGUCCAGCAGAAUACGGGCGAACAAGACGCAUGCGGUAUGGAGGAGAUAUUACCAGCUGCAGCUCUGCUCACAGGCAUAAAUCAACCCGAUCAUUUAGAACAAUUUAAUAAUUUGGGUCAACGUAUUAAUGAGAAAAUUUCCGCCAGCAUUUGUAUACUACAAUCAAGAGAUUGUUCCAACGUUAAGGCAGCCGUUGAGACAAUGGUGCAUCAUUUUGUCGAAGGUCCGCAUGAGGAAGAUGAAGAUCGUGAUCACAAACGUUUAAGAAAAUCACAGUGCACCAUGAAGCAAUUGAAACACUGGUAUCGCAACAAUUAUCCUAGCACUACUACCUCUCAGCAGCAUGAUGAAGAAUCUGAAACGGAUGCCAGUAGCGUUAUAAGUGAUAGUGCUACUACUACUACUACUGGUGAACGCCAUAUGUUGGUUGUAAUAUUGCCCGACUUUGAGUGUUUUAGUUCUGCCAUUCUACAAGAUCUUAUAUUGAUUUUAAGCGCCAAUUGUUGUAAUUUACCCUUUUGUAUGAUCCUGGGUGUGGCCACUUCUAUAACAGCUGUACAUAAUGCUUUACCCUAUCAUGUUACAUCGAAAAUAAAAUUGCGAGUUUUUCAAACACAAGCUGCUCCAGUUAGUUUAAAUGAGAUCUUAGAGAAAGUUAUACUCUCACCUAAAUAUGCCUUCCAUUUGUCCGGCAAAGCAUUUAAAUUCCUUACCCACAUCUUUCUCUACUAUGAUUUUUCUGUCAAUGGUUUUAUACAAGGAUUUAAGUAUUGUCUCAUGGAACACUAUUUCCAAGGCAAUGCUUAUGCUCUAUGUACCAAUUACUCCGCUUCUCUUACCAAAAUCAAAGGCAUGACCCAUGACGAUAUGGAAACUAUACGCAGACAACUAUCCUUUCGUCCUUAUGUGGAGAGUAUUAAUGAUUGCAAACGUAUUAUAGCCAUUUUGACAGACGACAACUAUCUGAAAAAGAAAUUACCUAGUCUUCUAAAAGAUUGUCAUGUAUACUUUAUGUUAAAGCGCAUAUUUCUGGAAUUCUUUACGGUUCUGGUAGAGGAUUUGCCAAAAUGUCCUUUGGGCAAAUAUCGUCGAGAAUUGUAUGCCAACUGUAUGGCCAAGGAGUUAAGUGCACAACCUGAGUUUAAAGAAUCAUGGCAAAUGCUAUCGUUUAUGUCUAAAGAUGAAUUUGUGGCGAAAAUUUCCAAAGCUAUAAAAACCACACAAGAUUUCUUUGAUCAUGAAAUAAAACAUCAUUUAGAGUUGGCCGAAGAUUGUGAGAAAAUUGUUCAGGAAAAGCUGCAGAAUAUAAAGGAACUCAUCACCAAAGUGGUGAUGGCUGGCAUGGAUAGUGCUUCUAACAGUGGCGAAUCGCAAAAAACGGUAACUUCACCCGAUGAACUAAAGCAAUUGUCUUCUCGUCAGGAUCUAAAGGAAAAACUUCUACAAAUGUCCAAACAACAAAAGCCGGUCUCCGAGUUUACGCGCUCGGUACAAGAAACUUUGGACUAUAUAGAACAGCAAAUAGUAACGCCUCACUUAGGUUCCAUGCAAAAUGCACCCACAUUGCAUGAACUGUUUGUAUUCUCCGAUAUCUCUACGGUUAGACGAAAUAUUAUUGGAGCACCCAGAGCUGCUCUGCACAUGGCCCUCAAUAAUCCUCACUUUUAUUUACAAUGUAAAUGUUGUGGUCUUAGGGAACAUUCCCAAUUGUUGGCUACUUUGCCAGAUCUAUCGGUUAUUUAUAAAUUACAUUUGGAAUGUGGUCGCAUGAUAAAUUUAUACGAUUGGCUGCAGGCUUUUCGUUCGGUAGUGGAUUUCAAUGACGAGGAGCAAGAACAAAUAAAUCCUCAGAUACAAGCCCGCUUUACUCGUGCUGUUGCUGAAUUACAAUUUUUGGGAUAUAUCAAAAUGUCUAAACGUAAAACGGAUCAUGCUACUCGUUUAACUUGGUAGUUUUAAAUGAUUUCAUUUUUUAUUGUAACCUGAAUCUUCUUUUUUUCCGUCUUGAAUUUUUUUAUUGUUCUAAUUUCCUUUUCUUUUUUUCUAGUUUUCUUUUUCAUUUGUUAUUAUUUCCGUAUUAUUGUUUUUCAUUGCUAAAUUUCGUAUUUAUUUUCUUUAUUUUGUACAGUUUUUUUUUUAUAAAAAAUUUAUUUUCAAUAAAGAACUGCAACUGCAUGGUUUUAAUGCAAAAGUUGGCAAA